AUGGCCUCUCCCGGAGACGAGAUCGACGUUCACAAGACGGCGGUGCGCACCCGCGUCUGGGCGGACCUCCUGCAGGUCGCGGUCCCGGACAGCCGGUUCCACCUGGACUUUGGCGAGUACAUCACGGACUUCGCCGGGUCGUCGGCGGCGACGGACCGGCUGGUGGCGCUGCCGGCGUAUCGCGAAGCCGCCGUACUCUUCAUCACGCCCGACAACUGCCUCGAGGAGCUGCGGCGCCGCGCCCUCGAGGCCGGCAAGCGCGUGCUCGUCACCACGUACGGCAUCCGCCGUGGCUUCUGGCUGCUGGAUCCGGCGGCCAUCCGGCGCGAGUGGGAGGGCCGCCUUGGCGCCCGGGGUUGGAGUUGGUACGCCGCCACGCUCGACGGCAUGGAGCGCGUGGGCCGGCGGGUGAGCCUCCGGGAUCUUGUGGAUUUGGGUAUUCGCAUUCCCCUUCUAGUCACCGGCACCGGGGCCAUCAACACACAAGGCAUCCGCUUCGGCAAGGGCCAUGGUUUCUUCGACCUCGAGUGGGCCAUGCUCUACAGCAUCGGCGUGAUCCAGCAGAGCGCGGUCGCCGUGGCCGUUGUGCACGACUGCCAAUUGCUGGAGGAGGAGCUGCGGCCCGAUGUCUUCGAUACCGUCUGUGACGUGGUCAUCACGCCGACGCGGGUUGUGGAGGUAGAGGCCGCGCAGAAGCCGACUUGCGGGAUCCUGUGGGAUCGAUUGCAACCGGGUAUGCUGGAGGACAUACCGCCUUUGCAGGAGCUGAAGGAAACGGGGGAUUGA